AUGCUAAACCUGCCGCUGCGCUCGCUACUUGUCUCUAAUUUCUUGACGCACAACGACUACGAGUGUCUACUGCAUGUCUGUCACGCUUGGCAAGACAUCGUUGCAUCUGUGUGCUAUGGCGCGCGCUCUCUACUUCUCACUAGCGACGUCUGCCGCCUGCACAACUUGCCUCGAGUGGCAGAGCGGCCGGAGCGACUGGACGUUGUACUUCAACGUCUUACCGCACGUUUCCCUUGGCUUGAACCCGAACGGUCGUUGCCUGCUGCAACCGACCGGCAGUUACAAAGCGUGCAUAAACAGGCGUACAUUCAUAUGGUGUUAAGUAUGGGCGAGAAAGUCGAGCGCAGUAUGGCGGCGUUGGAUGCGCUCGCGCGCACUCCUCCGUCUCAUGUCUCACCCACGGACAAUGCCUUGGCAACCGACUGUCUACCAGCUCCGUCUCCCAGUCCGACAGCACGUCGCGCGGUCGCACUGACAGCAGCGCAGAAAACGCACUUAAGACAGUUUGAGUCGGUACCCAUAGGCGAGGACAUGUCGCUGAUGCGACAUUCUGUAACUGCCGCCCGCGUCGCAGCUGGGGGCGCGGGUCUCGCGGUGGACCGCGUGUUGCACGAAGGUUGGCCCAGUCGCAACGCGUUUUGUGUCGUCCGACCGCCUGGUCACCACGCUUCGGCGUGUCGCACCAAGGGCUUUUGUGUGUUUAAUAACGUCGCCAUUGCCGCGUUCCAUGCAAUUGCGACGUACCACUUACGUCGCGUCGUGAUCGUUGAUCUUGAUGUGCAUCAUGGCAAUGGGACGCAAGAAGUUAUCGAACGCGAACCGCGCGCUCUCUAUAUAUCAAUGCACCAACGAGCUCCGUGGUUCCCACAUUCGGGCUUUGCCAGUGAAAUUGGGCACUAUGGCAAUAUAUUGAAUGUGCCCAUACGGGCUCAUUCGAGUGCCCAAAAUUAUCGUGCCCAAUUUACCGCCAAAGUGCUCCCGUGUAUACGCACCUUUUGUCCACAAUUGGUGAUCAUUUCGAUGGGCUUUGAUGGAUCGUUACGGGAUCCGAUGGGCGAGUUACAAUUAGACGCGAGUGACUUUUAUUGGCUCACGAGCGCAUUGUGUCAAGUUGCUUGGGACUGCUGUGAAGGAAAACUGGUAUCGGUUUUAGAAGGUGGGUACCAUCUUGGAGCCCUUGCAGACGGGGCGGAGCAGCAUAUGCAAGCACUGUUGCACGGCUCGUGUCGUCCAGAUGGUUUUGGAGUGAUUGAGAAGGAAGGGACGAAAAGGAGUUGA